GGACAGACACAGCAACUCAUGACUCCUCCUUCGAACGAAGCGCGCUGAAGGGAGUGGAACUAGGUGUCCGAAGUGCGAAGAAAACGAAUGCAGGGCAUGGCAUACCGGUACAUGGGAUUGGGAGAUGGGCUCAAAUAAAAUCUGAUCCCGCCAGCUUAGUCGUCUUUCGCUUACGUUGUUGUUCUUGACAAUCCUUCAAUCUGGCCCAAGCUCAGUGUUUGCAAGCGGUCGACGACAACAUACGCCUUCCGAGUCUCCGAGGCUAACCCCCUUUUAUUGACACGGGGCAUUCGGUGACACAUCCGAGAGACCAUCUGUGCAUUACCGCGCGACCAGAAUCCCCUUCGUCGUGGACAACGACGCAAUAUAACUCCACGGACGGCAGGGUGAGCCCGUGUUGCUGCCCAAUAGCGGCAGCGCCGUAGUCUCGGGAAGAUGGACGAGUUUGUCAACUGGGACCAAGCCGAGCCGGCUGCGGCCGCCGGGGUUGAGAUGCCGUCUCAAUGCAUGCUGCCGUCGGGCCAGUCGCUGGCUGACCUGGACCUGGCACUGGAGAACGCCGACGGUGACGACUUUUCGUUCUGGGCUUUGCAGCACUUCGAGAACAACGUCUCACCCACCAUGGGGAAUUUAGACGAGGAGAUCCCCAUGCCCACGGAUAGGAGCACCAGAACGUUUGAGGACCACCUGGAGACCCCCGAAGCCCCUUGUGAGCACUGCCAGCUGGGCGGCUUCGAGUGCAAGCGGAUCCCAGAGGGUAAAUACAAGGGCUAUUGCACGAGUUGCGUCGCCCUUGCCCGUGCAUGCAGCUUCGGUCUCGAUCCGGUCUUCCCUUCCAACCCUUGGCCAGUGAUGGGAGACCACCCCGAGCUGCUUCAGGAGGACUUCCACUCCGAGCCGCUCCGGUCGGCUUCGGCUACGGACCUGCCUGGGUCGGCUUCUAUUGCUGAGAAGUCAAGCGCCAACCCGGCUGGGCCCAAGGGCAAAGCCGGUGCUCGUUUCUCCAGAGAAUCGGUCAAGAUCCUGAAGAACUGGCUGUCAACCCACAGCAAGCACCCUUAUCCGAACGAGGAGGAAAAGGAGAUGCUGCAGAAGCAGACAGGCCUCAGCAAGACGCAAAUCACAAACUGGCUGGCCAACACCCGGCGCCGGAACAAGAAUGCCGUGAGCCACCGGUCGACGUCGCCCGGCGUGCGCAGCUGGGCAAACCCCAUCGACAUCCCGCAGAGACGGGGAACGCCCGCAUCCUUCGAGAACAUGAACCCGCUGCAGCGUUGGGCGCACUCUCCGCCGGAGAACGAACCCGCGUCGGUGACGGCCAUUGCCAACGCCAUCAAGUCCACCUCGAGCAUCUCUUCGGGCCUCAACAGCCCCUACAGUGCCAACUUCACCGACGAUGGCUCUGGGAGGUCGCUCUGCGAUUCCGCCAUCAGCAGCGCCAAUACCUCACACUCGAGCACGUCCGUGUACUCGUUCGGCUCGCGGGGCUCAUUUGGGUCCGCUGGGUCGUCGAUCCAUCGUGGUCGGAGGCGGAGGAGGAGAAAGGCUCUGACUACCGGCAACCAACCUCACCAGUCGGGUCCGCCCAAGACCUAUCAAUGCACGUUCUGUACCGAAACGUUCAGAACGAAGCACGACUGGCAGAGACACGAGAAGUCGCUGCACUUGUCUCUCGAGCGGUGGGUGUGCUCCCCCAACGGCGCGCAGGCUUUCAACCCGGAGAACGGUCGGAUGUCGUGCGUCUUCUGCGGGGAGGCGAAUCCGGACGAGGCGCACGUCGACAGCCACAACCACUCGGCCUGCCAGGAGCGAACCAUGAGCGAACGCACCUUCUACCGGAAGGACCAUCUGCGCCAGCAUCUGAAGCUCGUUCACAACGCUAAGUUCAUGAGCUGGUCCAUGGAACAGUGGAAGGCGACCACGCCCGAGAUCCGAUCCCGCUGCGGGUUCUGCGACGCCAUCCUGGACACGUGGUCCGUCCGUGUUGACCACCUCGCCGAGCACUUCAAGAAGGGUAAAUCCAUGGCGGACUGGAAGGGUGGCUGGGGUUUCGACGCCCCCGUGCUCGACAUGGUCGAGAACUCCAUUCCACCGUAUCUCAUUCACGACGAAAGAAACUCCCCGAAUCCGUAUGAGGCGUCCCGGCCAUCGGUCUCAUCGGCCCGCAACGCCUUCGAGCUCAUCAAGCAUGAACUAACCUUCUACAUGGACAACUGGCGUGAGAAGGAGGGCAAGGAACCAUCGGAUGACGACCUUCAACGCACAGCAUGCGCGUUAAUAUACGACAGCUAUGAGGUUGCCGAAGCCUCGGCGACCUCGUCAGAUUCAUGGUUCCGGGACUUGCUGUUCUCUUCCGAGCGCAUCGCACAAGAGGCGAGGUGGACCAAGGUUAGAGGCGUUGAGCAUUGGCAGCAACUCAAGAUCAACGGCAAGCGCAACAUCUUUGAACUCGACCCGAUGGAGGCGAAACUCCACGACUACGUCAAGGCUCGCCGUCUGCUCGGCUUGACCGCCAUGGAUUGCGAGCUGCAGAUCGAGGCGUGCAACAUCAUCCGCAGCAUGGAAGCCAUGUCUAAUUUCCCAUCCAACGAGGUCAGCGAUUUCCUGAUCCGGCUGGUGAAGGGCUCGCGUGACUGGCUUGCCGGCUUCCGGGACAGGGCUGGCCUGCCGCACCCCGGGGUUAUGGCGGACGAGAGGAAACGAUCCAAGGACCCUUCCACCAUCGACUCGACGAUCCACAACCCUCGAAGGCUGGAGGCCGAUUUAGCCGAGUACGUUGUCGAACAGAGAGCGCUCGGCAUCGAGCCCACCGACGCGGAUCUCCAAAGGCAGGCUCGGAUCAUCAUCUACGAAAACGACGACGUAUGGAAUCAGACUUCCGCCGACGAUCCGCUAUGGCUGGCGACUUUCAGGCAGCGGCAUGCUCCGACGAGUGUGAGUGACGGGGCCGGGUGUAGCGGUGCCCAGGUGCCAGGCACGCUCGACGGUUGUUACAGGCCCAUCUCGGCUAUGGGCGGUCGCUCCUCUGGCGGAACCACAUCACCGUUCAGUUCAGGAGCCAGUGGCAGCGGCGCUUCACUCAACGCAACAGGAGCAUUGGGGGCAUGCCCUCCCAGAGUCGGCGCCUACUUUCUCAACGACGCAAACUGCUACACGCGCCUGGCUCGGGAGUUGAAGAAGUAUGUCGCCUCGGCCAUGUCGCCGAACAACCCCAACUGCCACGUCCCAAGCGACGAAGAGCUCCAACACCAAGCGCGCUGGAUUGUCUACGAGGAUGACGACCCGUGGAACCAAACAGCGGCCGACAAUGCCGAGUGGCUCCGCCGCUUCAAGCGCGACGUCGGCCUCCUUACCGACCCUGCCCUCCCGGGCUUGACUGACUCGAUCACUUGGAACAUCUGCCAGGGCGGGUCAGGCUUUAGGCCACCUUACGUAUUCCCCAACCCCCAGAAGAUGGCGCCACCACAGAUUCCCGCUAGCUCUUCGUCCGCUUCCCCAUUCCAGCAACAGCAAACAUCAGCAGCCAACAGCGACCAUUCCCCGAUGUCGGGAGUGAUGUCCGAAAACCAAGGGGGUGGCGAUGGUGUCUGUCAGGUGUUGGCAUGCGAGCCGCCCCCGGCGGUAUUCUGUUCACGCGAGCUGGAGAAGGACCUCAGCGACUUCGUGACCGCGCAGGUGGUCAUGCUGGGCCGGGAGGGGUUCCCGUCCGACGCCGCGAUCCGGCAGCGAGCGCGCGCCUUCUGGAACUGCAUUCCCGCCCACGCCGGCGAGGAGCGGACCCCCGCCGACGACGAGGUGUUACUGGCCAAGUUCCGGGACAUGAUGCGCGUCCGCCUGGGGCUCAGUCAGCCUUCCUCUCCUUCCCGGACUCAAAAUAGUCCAACCGGGGCCUUGCAGCAGGGCGGCCAGAUGAAUCAGGUGUCAACGGAUAUGGGACUCGGCCCGAUAGUGGAGAGGGAUUACCCCAACCUUUCCUCCUCCACGGUGGGCUUGGGCCCAAUCACGGAGAUGGACUGCCCCGGGGUCGGUGUUGGUAUGAGUCAGAGCGAGAUCAAUGAUAUGCUGCAGGAGAUGGAUUUUGAUUUUGGGAAUAUGGAGGAUUACCUGGGCAUUGCUACGGGCGGGAUGGCUAUGGACCAGCUAUGAGGGGGAGGAUGUUGGAAAUGGGGUCUUGCCAUGGGGUAGAUGAGAUGGCCGUAGUGGUCUGGUUUCUGGUUUCCUUACAUAUAUAUACCUAUCCUUCGGUGCAUUGCGCCGGGUGUAUGUGCGGAGCGGAGAGUAAGGAGACGGUGAGUGCAAGGGUAUGUAUACGGUUAGGGGAUGUUGUUGACUGCUUUUGAUACCUCAACGCUGGUAAUGGUGGCUGCUGGAUUCAACGAACAGAUGUAGCGUAUUCAGGGGAGUACAAUCCCACUCUGAAAUGGUUUAGACUUCUAGUUCCCAUUUACCUGCCUUUUCCAACAGUACAACGAUGUAGAACCAACACAUUAAUUCUUACCUACCUUACAUAGCCUGCCCAGCUCCAGAGUGGUCGUGAGAGCCAUCGAGGGUGGAUUUGGG